AUGCCGCAUGUUCACCGAUAUGUCCGUGUGACUGACUUCGAAACGGUAACGUACGAAAUUUCAUCUGAGUUGACCAUUCUCGGUAGUCUGAAAUCAACCGAACUGGCCAGUCCAACUGUUGUCGCUCGAUAUCACGUAGUUUCGGUUUCAGACAAGGCCGACAUCGACAACGAUGGUAACUUCUGCACAUUGAUAGUUGGAAGCUUAAAACAUGAUUGGUAUGGAUAUCUCACUUCUGUUAGCGAUGCUAAAAAGUCAUCGCUGUUGCUCAACUGUUUGAUCCCAGGUGAACCAAACUACGUGAUAAUAAUCGACGCGGGUAGUAGUGGCAGUAGGCUGUUCAUUUAUCGCUGUUACGUUCCAAAGUUGGGCGAGUUGCUCGCCGUUCAGCCUGUACUUGACGAGAAAGGCCAAAACGUAGUGAAGAAAAAGGAACCAGGUCUGUCAUCAUUCGCCGAAAAUCCCAGUGAUGUUGUAGAAUACGUUAAAGAUCUGUUGGAUUAUGCUUCCGAAUACAUACCAUCGACGAAGCGAAAGGAAACCUCGUUGUUCAUACUUGCGACUGCUGGUAUGCGACUUCUUCCGGAAAAGAAGCAAGAUGACAUUUUGCAAGAGCUCUACAAUCGGCUGCCGUCGAUGUAUGAUUUCGCUAUGGCCAAAGAUAGCUUUCAAGUGAUAUCUGGAAAACACGAAGGUCUUUAUGCCUGGAUAUCGAUGAACUACGUUUUAGGACGCUUAGGACCAAACAGAAGUCAGACGAAGACGGCUGGCAUAAUUGAUUUGGGAGGUGGUUCGGUGCAGAUAGCCUUUGAAGUGCCUCAGGCACAGCCUUAUGAACAGGUUUACAGCCACAGUCUGUUCGAGGAGGUCAACCUUAGCUACGAUGGCAGUUCUUCGCAUUACAAGUAUCGUGUUUACAUCAGCACGUUCUUGGGCUAUGGUGCUAAUCAAGCAAACAGACUAUACGAGAAGUGGCUGAGCGAACAGAACACUUCUCGCAGCACUGGACCUCGUACAGUCAACGAUUGCUGCCUACCUAAAGGUAUGGUAAUCAACGUUUCUACUGUCGGACUAGAGCAUGUACGACGCCGAGGAGCCGGUUGCUUUUAUACCUGCAUGAAUGACCUGAAGCGAAUCAUCACCGAGAAUGUCUCUUGCAACGAGCCCAGGUGCUCUUUGCAAGGCAUUUAUCAACCGGCGAUCGACUACAAUGAAAUGGAGUUUUACGGCAUGUCUGAAUAUUGGUUCACUAGCAAUGAUGUUUUUACGCUCGGCACAUCUUACGAUCGUCAGAAGUUUCUCUAUUCGUCUUCGGAAUAUUGUAGCACUAAUUGGUCUAUAAUUUGGCGUAGAUUCAGUCGAAAGCUAUACCCAAAAGCUGAUGAAAACCGUCUGAGAAUGCAGUGUUUUAAAUCUGCAUGGGCAUCAGUUCUUUUGCACACGGCAUUUGGGUUUCCGGAAAACGUUUCCACGUUUCAUCCUGUAUAUCAGAUCGAAGGAAAAGAGAUUCAAUGGACUCUUGGGGCUGUGCUCCACAAGAUGAGGCAUUUGCCUCUCAAAAAGGACAAGAAUAUGCCCGGCUGUGAUACAUCGAUUACAUAA